UCUUUCUAAGUAACAUGGGGGUGUUCAUUGUUCGUCUCUCGGUGCAGUUGUUCUAUGAAAGCAUCAAAGCUCAUCAUAACUGAUAAUUGGGAAUUUUAAAAUACAUCGUGAGGAAGAAUGUCUUCAGCAGCAACAAACACACAACAACAAUCCACCCCGUUCCCCUCCGCAACAUCAGAAACAACAUCAGAUCGCUCCGCUUCAAACACACAGCAUGAUCCCCCACUCUUCCAACCGCAUUAUUUCUUCUUCUAUGGCAGCCUCAGUGACCCUUCUUUCCUAGCAAAGGUGCUCAACCGUCAGGAUAAACCGGCAGUUCGUCCAGCGAUGAUAACGGAACACGGGAUGAGAAUGUGGGGUGAAUUUCCGGCGCUGUUGGACGGAUGUCCCGAAAAGCCGAUUUACGGGGUCGGGUAUAAGGUGCGUUCGCAGGUGGAGGAGGAUAGCUUGGCAGAGUAUGAGACGGAUAUGUAUCGGAAGAAGGGGUGCGUUAUUGAGUUUAGGGAUGGGUCGAAGGUCCCUGGGGUGACGUUCGUGUGGAAUGCAGAUCCAGGGUUGUUGAAAGAGGAGGGCUUUGAUAUGAAGGACUGGUUGUUGGAGCAGAAGGAUAGUCGUGGGGAGGGUGAGGUGGGAAUAUAAAGGAUGUGGAUGUGGGUGUUCCUCUGUGAUAUCUCGUCAAA